GAUUGGCGUAGUGUGAUUGGUUGGUUUUUAUUCCUUGUUCUCGUUUGUGGAGUGGAGAACACAACGCCACCUCUGGUUCUUUCUUCCUUUUCUCUCUUUCUUUCUCUCCACCAACACACACACUCUCUCUAACACUUUUUUUUUUAAUUAGUAAAAUGAAAAUUAUUAUUAUUAUUAUCGAUUUUAUUUAAUUGUUGUUGGUGUGGGAGGGUGAUCGUAGUUAUAGUGAGUGGCGAGUGAGGGGAACGAAAUAAUGUGUAGAGUGACAGGGCGGUGAUGAUAGCAGUGUUGUGCGUGUAUGGAAUUCGAUGCCGCGAUUCCCGUGUCCCGAGAGCACCUUCCGCAAGAUGCAAUGUGGCAAAUUAACUUGAGGUCAAGUGAAACAAUGGAAUCAGGACCUUAUCCUGAGCAUCCAGGAGAACCGGAUUGUUCAUAUUACAUUAGGACCGGCCUUUGUAGAUUUGGAGCAACAUGUCGAUUUAAUCAUCCUCCUAACAGGAAGCUGGCUAUUGCCGCUGCACGGAUGAAAGGUGAAUUCCCAGAAAGGAUAGGACAGCCAGAAUGCCAGUACUAUUUGAAGACAGGAACUUGCAAAUUUGGAGCCACAUGCAGGUUUCAUCAUCCUAGAGACAAGGCUGGGAUUGCUGGAAGAGUUGCCUUGAAUUUUUUAGGCUAUCCACUCCGCCCAAAUGAGCCUGAAUGUGCCUAUUAUUUAAGAACUGGACAAUGUAAAUUUGGUAACACAUGCAAAUUUCACCAUCCUCAACCAAACAAUAUGGUGCUUUCCAUGCGAAGUUCUCCUGUUUAUCCUACUGUCCAUUCUCCAACUACACCAGGUCAGCAGUCAUAUGCGACAGGAAUUACAAAUUGGUCUAGUUCAUCGUAUAUUCCUAGCCCACGUUGGCAAGGCCCUUCAAGUUAUGCACCUUUAAUUCUACCUCAGGGAAUGGUUUCAGUGCCUGGGUGGAGUGCGUACAGUGGCCAAAUGGGACCAGAAAGUCCACAACAAACAAUGGGAAAUGGCCAAAGCUAUGGAACUUCUCGGCAAAGUGAACCAGCUACUGCAGGAUCCCAGGGGGCAUAUUCUCAAUUUCGAUCUGGCUCUGUUCCUGUAGGGUUCUAUGCAUUGCAGAGGGAGAGCAUAUUUCCUGAGAGACCUGAUCAGCCUGAAUGCCAAUUCUACAUGAAGACUGGAGAUUGCAAGUUUGGUGCGGUCUGUCGUUUCCAUCAUCCACGUGAAAGGAUGAUUCCUGCUCCUGACUGUGUUUUGAGUCCCAUUGGCCUUCCUUUACGUCCUGGAGAGCCUUUGUGUGUCUUCUAUUCACGUUAUGGCAUAUGCAAAUUUGGGCCAAGUUGCAAGUUUGAUCACCCAAUGGGAAUCUUCACCUAUAACAUAUCUGCAUCACCUUCAGCUGAUGCCCCAGGUCGGCGAUUGUUAGGUUCUUCAUCAGGAAGUGCUGCAUUAAAUUUAUCAUCAGAAGGACUUGUUGAGUCAGGCUCAGCAAAGCCAAGGAGGCUUUCAUUAUCAGAGACCAGACAGAUUCCUUCUGGUGAUGAUAACAUUGAUGAAGAGGGAUAAUGAUGUCUCUUGGAAAUGGGUCAUUUGCUUUUUACAAUUUUUUUUCAGGGGAGAAAAGGGUAAUCUGUAAAUUGAUUUUCCCAUUGCUGGAGAUGUACAGACUACAGAGUUCAUGUCAAGCUGAGUCUGUCAUGCUAUUUAAUGCAGUUGACAGAUUCAGUUGUUCUGAAUUUCAUGCUGUCACAUUGUAUAAAUUUUACAAAUAUUUGUCACAUUUGGUGAAAAUCCAGUGUGAACAUUUCUUCAGUCCUUAAGUCAGUCUAUCUAUUUAAUGUUUUCCCAAUAUGUAAAAAAAGUUUCUUUGAAAAUCAUAAUGAUCAAUAUUUGGCUCCUGUGUGAAUCUUUCUUUGGUGCAGGUUUGAAA